GGCGGAGUAAAUAGCCAGUGUGCUGUAGGAGAUAACCUGGCUAAGUGGCAGCGGCGCUUUUCCUGUGCUGUGGCUCACGCUUUGGAACUGGAAGCCAAGACUGUUCUGGCGACGGCGACCUUUGCGGCGACGGCUGAGGCUCUCGGAGGAGUGGCGGAGUACGGUCUGGAGGAAGGGCUUCUGGUCAGCCCAGGUUUUAUCAUAAUGAAUGGAUCCAGUGUAGCCAAUACAUCACCCAAUGUAAAAUCCAAAGAGGACCAAGGAUUAAAUGGGCACGAUGAGAAGGAAAACCCAUUUGCAGAGUACAUGUGGAUGGAGAAUGAAGAAGAUUUCAACAGACAGGUGGAGGAGGAGCUGCAGGAGCAAGAUUUCUUAGACCGCUGUUUCCAGGAGAUGCUGGAUGAAGAAGACCAAGACUGGUUUAUCCCCUCCCGAGACCUGCCUCCGACCAUGGGACAGUUGCAGCAGCAGUUAAAUGGACUGUCAGUCAGCGACGGCCACGAUUCUGAAGAUAUUUUGAGCAAAAGUAACCUGAACCCGGAUGCCAAGGAAUUUAUUCCGGGAGUGAAGUACUGAACUGACAGAAAGCUUUGAGGAGAACUUGUAUGUCCCCACAUCUGGGGACAGUGCUGCACAAAGAGGCAGAGCUGAAGAGGGGGGUGGGGUGGGCGAGGGGUACUCAGUGGGGAGGGGGACAGUGGUUUAACUUGACACUGUGAGUGGAGUAACUAAUUGUGCUCAGUCUUACUCUGCAAGCCUCCGAGUCUCUGAAUAUUUCUCUUUUGUUCUACUGA